AUGGCGGAGGCGCGCGUGCUGCUGCUGCUGUCGGGGCGCCCGCGGCCGGCGGGCUUCGCGCAGAGCGUGUGCGGCCUCCUGGGCGGCGGGGCCGGCGGGCCGUGGCCCGCGCACUGCGGCCUGCGGCGCGGGCAGCUGCUGCUCUCGGCCGAGCCCUUCCCCGGCGCCACGGCCAGGCUCCCGCUCCAGCGCCCCGCCUUCUGCCCCUUCGCGGCCUUGGACCGGCAGCCCGCGCCGCCGGGAGCCGCGCUGCCCGCGGACCGGGGCGUGGACCUGGCCGUGGCCGUCGUCCUGCAGUCCAGCGACCAGGCCGUCUUGUUGACACGAAGGACACGCACCCUCCGAGUCUCCCCCAACCUCUGGGUGCCCCCAGGUGGGCACGUGGAACCUGGUGAAGCGCUGCUGGACGCAGGCCUCCGCGAGCUUUGGGAAGAGAGUGGCCUGCAGCUGCCCCGGGACCAGUUCUCGUGGGUCCCCCUGGGCUUAUGGGAGUCCGCCUACCCUCCUAGGCUGAGCUGGGGUCCCCCCAGAUACCACCACAUCGUGCUCUACCUCCUGGUGGUCUCCCGGGAGACACAGCAGCAGCUGCAGGCCCGGAUCCAGCCAAACCCCAGCGAGGUGAGCGCAGUCCUGUGGCUGGGCCCGGACGCAGCCGCGGCGGUGGCCGUCUCCGAGGACGGGACGGAGGCGCCCAGACAGCUCUCCCAGGACCUGCCACCCUCCGUCCUUGCCCUGGAACUGGACGAGGGCGGAGAGGCCCGGCCUCUGGCCCUGCCCAUGUCCACACUGCUGCAGGCCACCCCGGCCACCGCGGACGGCACAGAGAGGGUCAGCACUGGGACCAAGUUCGCCCUCAGGCUCUGGCUGCAGCACCUGGGCAGAGUGACGCCCCUGCCAUGGGGCACGGGAGCUCCUGUGGACCCCGGGCCUGCAAAGGAAGAACGGCACAUGGACCCCCUUCCCCCAGGCCAGGCAUCUGGAAAGCCAAGUGCAUAA